CGCCACCGCAUCGUCAGGGUCCUCGGCCUCGGGUGGAGAAAGCUGCAGUAAAAAUCUUUCUCCAUGCGAGCGACUCGGCCUCGAGGAGGAGUGACUGACACUGGAGUGGUCGAGUUGUGUGAUGAAUCGCAGUGGAAACCGUGAGAGUGUGACCGAGAUGCUCUGAGCCCAAUCAAGGGAGCAAAGACGCCGGAAGCGACACGCCCCAGUACUCUGCUGCUGCUUGCUUCUACAGUCCCCUGCCUGCCAGCCCCCUGCUGCUGCUACGAUGGCGAUGCAACACGGCCACCAGUAGCCGCUGCCGCAGCACGCAACGGGAAACGGGGGUGUGCAAGUGGAAACAAGCUCUAAUCGCUCUUUGGGUCUGUGUGCGAGUGCGAAGAGGAAGGGGGAGGGAGGGUAGAAGGAAAAAAAGGAAGCUCAAAAAAAGAUGAGAUCUUGAGGGAGGAGGAGCAAGGCGGGAGGCGGCAUGAUGGCGGCCGCGGUGUGCUAGCGGGCUAAAGCGGGGGCACCACUGAUUGCUGAUGGGGAAAAGGAGAUGCAGGAGGUAGUGGUGAUGCGUUCAUGCCCGCCGCGCCUAGCUUCACUGCUUACCUGCCCUUAGGCGCCUCCUCUGCUCGCUAGCUAGUCUGCUGCUCUGCUUUCUCUUCACCGCUCCUCCUCGCUCGCUUGCCCCCGCCAGCCUGCUCUCCAAGGAGGGAGGAGGGACGAAGAAGUGCUGCGGCUGUGAUUGUGAGUGAAGCCUCCUCCCCUCUGCCUCUCUUCUUUUCCUUAUUGAUUGAUUGGUGAGCCGAGCCGGAAUGUGAUGCGACAGAGGUGUGCACAUUAGCACCGUUCACAAAUCAUAAAUAAACCUCUGAAGACCAAAUAAACGUUUCAGUUAGCCAGCUCUGAAGGAAGAUACAGGCUUGUUCAUAAGAUAGUCAUGGCAGAGUUCAAGAUUGGUAGGCUGGAUGGCCAGCCACCAAGGAUUAGAAAUGUGCCCAUUGCCGUCACCCCAGAAGGAUUCUGGUGCUGUCCAUCACAGGCCGCGCUUCAGAAGACAGCAAAGAGCCCAAACCAGCAGGGCAGGACUAGAGGGGGAGCAUCCCCUGCGCCAUCGAAGGCGUCCUCGGUUCAGAGGGCGCCAACCAUUUCUUCAGAGAAGAGAGCACAGUCCACUCCUACUAGGUCUAGAACCAAUUCAGAUGAGCAGGUAUGCCCUCCUGCAGAUGCUGUUGCUGCCCCUGAUCCACCAAAGGUAGUACCUGUACCAGCACCUGAGAAACGACCAAAGCAGCAUAAGAUCUCGGUCGGAUUUGGGCAGCUUGGCACGAGUGAUCUGAAGGUUGUGCUGCAUGGCAAGGAAGGGGUCGCUGUGAAGAUGAUUGUUCACAAGAACAUCCUUGCUGAAAAUAGUACCUUUUUUGCCGAUAGAAUCUCGAGGCAGUCUCCGGUGGCAUGCAUUGAGGUGCCAGAUUGUGAGGAUGUGGAGAUUUAUGUCGAGACUGUUGGGUUGAUGUACUGCAAGGAUGUCAAGCAGAGGCUUAUCAAGCAAAAUGUUCCACGGGUUCUGCGAAUCUUGAAGGUCGCAGAAUCACUAGGCUUCCGUGCAUGCAUCAUGUCAUGCUUAGAUUACCUGGAAGCUGUUCCUUGGGUCGGUGACGAGGAAGAAAAUGUCGUGUCGUCCAUACGGCAGCUGCACGACGAGGAUCACAGAGCUAACCCCUUGCUAAGGAGAGUGACAUCUGACGUCCUAACAAAUCCUCCGAACGACACUCUUGCACAUAUCAUUGACCUGGUGCUGAAGAGCAGUGAGGACAGAGGCCGCCGCGAGAUGAAAUCUCUGGUCCUGAAGCUUUUCAAGGAGAACAGCAAUGUCUGCUCCCAUGGUUCUUCAGCAGCAGAUUCCUCCUGCAUCAUGACCUUGUACAGCUGUUUCCAGAACUGCCUGGAUUCCCUGCUGGCACUGUCUCGCCAAGCUUCCAAUCCUGAAGAGCUCGCGGGCGAAGAAUCUUCAGGCAGCAGCAAAGAACAGACGUUCAGAAAGAUUGCUCUGGAGGCCGAUAACCUGCUCUGGCUAGCCGAGAUCCUAUCAGACCGGAACGCAGCCGACGAACUGACGGUGAUCUGGGCCAGCCAGGCGGAGCUGGCGGAGCUGCACCCCAAGAUACCCGUGAUGCACCGCCACCUGGUGAGCUGCGUGACGGCGAGGCUGCUGGUGGCGAUCGGGAAAGGCGAGGCGCUGCCGUCCAAGGAGACGCGGCGGCGGCUGCUCGACGUGUGGCUGCAGCCGCUGAUGGACGACUACCGGUGGCUGCAGCACGGGUGCCGGUGGUUCGACCGCGCCGUGGUGGAGGACGGCAUCGGGCAGGCCAUCCUGACGCUGCCCCUGGAGGACCAGCAGGCCGUGCUGCUCGCAUGGCUGGGUCGGUUCCUCAAGGCCGGAGAUGGGUGCCCCAACCUGCAGAGGGCGUUCGAGGUCUGGUGGAGGCGCACCUUCGUCAGGCCGUAUGCCGAGCAGCAGCAGCAGCAGCUCGGGGGCGGGAGCUCGUCGUCGCGGUCGGGGCGGCACUGAUCGUCCUGCAAUUGCUUAGAAUAACAGUCCAUGGUGCUGGUUGCGGUUUUGCAACUCACAGUGUUGGAACAAGUCAGCAAUGAUGGUUUUCUUGCAAGUUUCAGUGGUAGGAGACUUGGCUUCAAUUAGAAGAUGCUGGAGAAGGGAGAGUAGAGUGUAGGUUUACUAGUGGCGAUUUGUAACUGACGUUAGUUUUAAUGUUGGUUGUGUGCUUCUGUUGUAAUGCUUUGGGAUAUGAAAACCUGUCUGAUUUCUUGGUACAGAAAUCAAUCUCCUGUAGGUUUACUAGUGGCAAUUUGUAAGUGAGGUUAAUUUUGUUGUUGGUUGUGCUUGUGCUUAUGUUAUUGUAAUGCUUUGGGAUGUGAAAACCUGUCUGAUUUCUUGGUACAGAGAAAUCAACCUCCUGUGAAUUUAGAUUUUUA